AUGCAUGGAGUAGAUGCUCUCCCUUUUGUUGAUUUCAUAGAUAUCGAAGAAAUCGAUCUUCUUCUGAUAACCCACUUUCAUCUCGAUCAUUGCGGUGCACUUCCGUGGUUACUGGAGAAAACUGGAUUCCAAGGAAAAUGUUUCAUGACUCAUGCAACAAAAGCAAUAUACAGAAUGCUACUGGGGGAUUAUGUCAAGGUUGCCAAAUACGGCGGUGGAAGUGAUCGUAGUAUGUUAUACACUGAUGAAGACCUAGAAAGAAGCAUGGAAAAAAUUGAGGUUAUCGAUUUCCACGAACAAAAAGAGGUUAAUGGAAUCCGAUUUUGGCCAUAUGUUGCUGGUCAUGUGCUUGGUGCCUGCAUGUUCAUGAUCGAAAUAGCGGGUGUCCGAGCGUUGUACACGGGUGAUUUCUCGAGGCUGGAAGAUCGGCAUCUAUGCGCAGCUGAAUUGCCAACAAUUACACCUGAUGUUCUCAUUUCGGAAUCAACUUACGGUACACAAAUCCAUGAAGAACGGAGUGAGCGUGAGAAGCGUUUCACGCAGAUGGUACAUGACAUAGUUGGGCGAGGAGGGCAUGCAUCAUCGCUUGCCAAGAAGUGUAUGGCUGUGUAUCAGACAUUCGUUAGUGGGAUGAAUCAGCGCAUCCAGAAGCAAAAUAGCGGUUCAGACAAUCCUUAUUGUUUGUUAAACACGUCGACAUAUGAGGACCAUGCGUUGUGUUGGCUAGUCCUGGUAUGUUGCAAAAUGGUCUCAGCAGGGAGCUAUUCGAGAAAUGGUGUACGGAUGCCAAGAAUGGGUUGUAUUAUUGCCGGCUAUUGCGUCGAAGGUACACUCGCAAAGCAUAUUCUUUCCGAACCUGAAGAAAUUGUGGCUAUGAACGGUGAUCGUCUACCGAUGAGGCUACAAGUAACGUCGGGUAUAUCGGUCUAUUCUGCUGCACACACGGAUUUCCAACAAACGCUAGCAUUCGUGAAGCAGCUGAAGCCUCCGCACAUG